GCAAAUACCUUUAAAAAUACUUGUAAUAGGACCAGUUCAUGAAGACAUUGUACUUUAUGUUGACAAAUUAGAUUCGGUGGAUAAUAUGCAAGGAACCCAAAAAAUCGAAAAAAGAUUUGGUGGUAGUGCUGGAAACACUCUUGCUGUUUUAUCCCAAUUUCCCACGACAAAGGCUUGGGUCAUGGCUCCUAUGGCUUCUAAAGAGGCUUCGAA